GCGGCGACGGGACGAGUCCGUCGGCGGCGGCGGCGGCGGCGGGCCAGAGCAAGAUGGCGCCCCGCUGAGAGGAGUGCGCGGUGCGAUGGUGCUGCGGCGGCGGCCGCUGCAGCGCGCUGAUGCCGCCGGCGCGGCGCCGUGACCGGCCCGGAGCGCAGCUGCAGCUCGGCCCGCUGCUCUUCGGACUGUGGCUGCUGGUCGCCGAGACGGGCCGCCGCCACCCGGCCGCCGCACACCGCCUGCAAGAGUGCCUUUCCGCCAACCGGAGCCAGUGCGCGGCCCCGGCCGGCGGCGACGGGGCCGGCCUGGGCUCCGGCUGCCCGGCGCUGCUGCUGCUGCGCCGCCACAGGCUCAAACACUGUCCGGAGGUCAGCCUGUGGUUCACGGUGCCGUGGGACCUGCGCAGCGCCGCACCGCUGCGGUGUGACCAGAGCAGGCUCGAACACCACCUGGCCAGCCUCGCCGUGCGUGAUAGAGAAGUGGGCGCGAUGUAUGAGAGUUUCGUGAGCAUCCUGGACCGAUACGAUUGUGACGCGCGUUACUCCGUGCUGCACAACUGUUCAACGUGUAAGGAGGCGUACCGCCGGUGGCUGUGCGCCGUCUACCUGCCUUACCACGGCGCCAGCCCGGGCGGGGGCCGGCUGCGGCCGUGCCGCUCCGUCUGUCAGCGCGUGCAGCAGACCUGUCCGUACCUGCUACCGGCCGAGAGGGCCGAGAGCAGUCACCAGUACGCCGGAGAGCCCACCUUCUACUGCGGAGAUAAGGACAUCCCCGAGGUGGUACCUUUCGUCACGGGCGCGCCGCAGUACGGUGACGACGACUGCUGCUUCCACCCGGGCUGCGUCCGCGGCGCCGAGUGUGACCUGCACGGCUCGUGUCCGGUGCCGGCGGGACGCCGUGCCGCCGCCCCCUGGACAAUACAGCGCCGCCGGCGCCGCGCGCUGACCUCUGCGGCCGACCGGCCGACGGCCGCCCCCGGCAUCACGGCGGCGGCGGCGGCGGCGGCGGGGGCGGGGGCGGCCCUUUGGCUGGCUGUGAGGUGGAGCGCGCGCCGCCGCCGCCGAGCUCGAACGAAAAGUGCGCGCAGUAGUGACGGUUAGCGUAUGCCUCCUAGUGGCCUAAGUUGUGAGUGAGCGAGUGCCGUGCGUGUUUCGCAGAGAGCUGUCCAUUUGUGUGUGCGUGUGUGUGUGGGUGUGGGUGUGCGUGCCGGCGGUGGGCGGGCCGGCGGUUUUGUACGGCGCGCGGCGCACGGGUCCGGCCGGCCGGACCGUCUCCCGGCGCUCGCUGCGUGCCCACUGCCAGGGGCCGGGUAACGAUCGGCCGACGCCGACGCCAGAUCGAUGGGCCUCGCGCUCCCCUCUCCCACUCCGGCGCCCUCUCUCCCGCUCUCCCACGCUCCUCGCAGCUUCUCUUUCUGUCGGAGAGACCGCUGAGCCAGCGCCGGUGACCACCGAUCCUUUGUUACACGGGCCAGACGCCAGCGAGCGCCCGGCCGGCGCCAGCUCGCCCGUUAUCACGCUGUUAUGGUGGUGUGUUUAGACGCUCUGUACGAGAGCGAGGACAGUUGACCAAGUUUCAAUCAUGACAUGUAUCAAAGUGAUGCCAAAUAGAGGUUUCAAGUCAGGGAUGUUUACUGUCUCGCCAAUUAGUAGAGCGUUGCCGGAAUGACAUAGAAUUACACAUGAAUUCAGAA